AUUGAUUUGAAACAUGGCGUCAGAAGGAGAGGCGGUCAUCGCUGCUAAAACAGAAGCGGAGACCGGAGACGGGGAUGCUGCAUUUGGGGAAGUUCCCACCAGCAUGGAUACUGAAUCACCCAACGGCAAAGAGGCAAUGGAAGCGGCGGGGGAGGGAUCUGAAGCGGCCGACGCUCUGACGGGGUCCGGAGACGAGGAGAGUGGUCGGCAGCUGGGAGAGGUGGAGCUGCAGUGUGCGCUCUGCAUGAAGUGGUUCACUGCAGACACCUUCAGCAUCGACACCGCCACCUGCCUUCCCUUCAUGACUAACUACGUGUUUCACUGCAACGUGUGCCAUCACAGCGGCAACACCUACUUCCUCAGGAAACAAGCAAACCUGAAGGAGAUGUGUCUCACGGCACUGGCCAACCUCACCUGGAGGUCCAGAACACAAGACGAGCAUCCGAAGACCAUGUUCCCCAAAGAGAAGGAUAUCAUCCCGUUCAUUGAUAAGUACUGGGAGUGCAUGACGACCCGUCAGAGACCCGGGAAACUCACCUGGCCGAACAACAUCGUGAAGACAAUGAGUAAAGAGCGAGAUGUCUUCCUGGUGAAGGAGCACCCGGACCCCGGCAGCAAAGACCCCGAGGAGGAGUACCCCAAAUUCGGCCUCUUGGACCAGGACCUGGGGACCAUCGGACCCUCGUAUGACUCACAGAAACAAACCAGUGCUGCUCCAAGUGCUACAGGGCUGAACGGUGGAUCUUCUUUCUCAG